AUGGCAACCAAUGAGAUUAGCCCCGCUGAUGCCCAAUCAACCAGACUCGGAAGCGCAACCGAACCAUCUUUGCGCGGUCUACCAACUUUAGCCCGCUGGUAUAUCAACACCCGAGAAUGGGAAGCCAAUGGCCUCGAUCUGCCUUUGUUGGAUAUACUUCGCCCUGCAGAACAGCAAGCCGUCAAGCGAUUCCAUCAUGCUUCAGAUAGGCGCAUGUCCUUGGCAUCGCAUCUGCUAAAGUAUCUAUACAUUCAUCAUGCUUGUGGCGUUGCUUGGAGAGACAUUGUCUUCAGUCGCACCCCUAUGCCUGAGAAUCGGCCGUACUAUGCAUCAAGUACACAAACCCAAGUGGACUUUAAUGUCAGCCACCAAGCCUCUCUCACUAUCCUCGCGGGAGUCAUCGCCCCGUCUCAUGAGCAACUCACACGGCAAGCCGUUCGGGGUGUUGCGCCAUCGCCACCCAGAAUCGGUAUUGAUAUAACAUGCGUGAAUGAGCGACGCAAACCUAUGAAGACCAUGAAAGAUUUCACCGAAUUCGUAUCUAUCUUCAGCGAGGUAUUCUCGGCUAAGGAGAUGGCAACCAUGCAAAAUCCAUUAUCAACUCUCCGUCGAGCCCGCGAACUCGGUCUAGCUGCAUCAUUCCCUUCGGACGAUGUUACAACACUCAUCGAGUUCGGCCUCCGUCUUUUCUACUCUUACUGGGCCUUGAAAGAGGCCUAUCUCAAAAUGACUGGUGAUGCCCUCUUAGCAGAGUGGGUGCGUCACCUUGAAUUCACAAAUGUCAUUCCCCCUGCUCUCGUUGAUCCAUUGAUCGCAUGCAAACCGUACGGCCUAUCCUCCAGAGCGGAGCAUGUACCACAGUCACCUCUCAACUGGGGCCCGCCAUACACAGAAGUCGAGGUCUCCAGAGAUGGAGAAGUGAUCGAAGGUGUCCGUCUUCAGCUGCAGGCCUUUGAGUCCGACUAUAUCAUUGCCACUGCUGGUCGGGGGUGCCCUGUUGGUUCCAUUCCCGAAGACUGUGAGAAUGCUGGCGACCACCACUCACCUAGUCAGCACGGAGCAUCCUCGUCUGGAGGUUUAAUUCAAGAAAAGCGCAUUCCUAUCAGUGCUCAUCUAGCAGUGGGUCAAUCAGAUCCAUGGAGUUUGGAUUCUGACAUUGUCGAUCCGUGGCUCCCAAUGCAGGAGGUUGAUAUUGAACUUGAUAUCCGGGCCUGUGCGGAGGGACGGUGUUCCCAUUGA